CAGCUACCUUAUCAGUAAUCACUCCAACUCCUUUCAACUACCUUAUUAGUUUCAACUCUAUUUCGGCUUAUGUUUCCAAACAUAGCCUUACAUAGUUGAAAGGAAAAGAAAGGAGAGAAGAAAAGAGAUUAAGCCAUAACUUCAACAGACUUGUCUAAGAAAACUAGAAAAAUAAGCUAGAAAAAAUGGAAAAUUGUUGGCUACUGUCAUUGAUACUGUUAAUUCUUUCCUUCACCUUAUUUUUGAAGCUCUUAAAAAGACAAACACCACCAAUAAAAUUACCACCAGGUCCUCCAAAACUACCGUUGAUAGGCAACCUCCACCAAUUAGCAUCAAAAAACACCCUCCCGCACCACCGUCUCGCGGAGCUAGCGAAGGUGUAUGGCCCUAUCAUGCACCUUCAGCUAGGGGCAGUUCCAACUGUGGUGAUAUCAUCGCCUGAGAUGGCGAAAGAGGUGAUGAAAACUCAUGAUGCAGUUCUUUGCAGUCGCCCUAAGAUGAUGAUGCCUGAAGUUGUGUUUUAUAAUUGUAGCGACAUUGCACUGACGCCCUACGGCGAGUACUGGCGCCAAGUCCGCAAGAUAGCCACACUCGAGCUGUUUACCACGAACCGUGUUCGUGCGUCGCAGCCCAUCAGAGAAGAGGAGGUCCGGGAUGUCAUCAAGUCCUUAGUUCCUGAGGCAAGGGCAGGCUCUGUGGUUAACCUCAGCAACGUUAUAUUCACCCUCAACUUCAACAUCAUUUUGAGAAUAAUGAUGAACAAGAAUGGUAAAGAUGGAAAAGAAUUUAGAGAAUUAGUAGCAGACGUUGCAGAAGUCAUCUCCGGCUUUUCAAUCAGUGAUUUAUAUCCAUCCAUGAACUUCUUAAGUACUAUUAGCGGUAUGAAAGGGAAACUCAAAGGGAUAGUGAAGAGAUUUGAUAAGCUGAUGGAUCCAAUAAUUGAAGAGCAUAUGUCUACAAAGAGACAGGGAAUAGAAGAACAAGAUUUGGUGGACGUUCUUCUAAAAUUUCACAAGGAUGAUGACCUAAAUCAUGGCACUGAAUUUUCACUCACCACUGACAAUAUCAAGGCAAUUGUUUUUGAAUUAUUCGGCGCCGCAAGUGAAACAUCUUCAACAACAAUAGAAUGGGUGUUCUCUGAAUUAUUAAAGAAUCCUAAAGCAAUGGAAAAGGUUCAAACUGAGGUAAGACAAUUAUUUCAAGAUAAAGAAAUGAUGGUGUGUGUUACUAGUAUUGACAAACUCCAGUAUUUAAAAUGUGUAAUCAAAGAAACAUUACGACUGCAUCCUCCUUUCCCUUGCUUGGUCCCAAGAGAAUCCAUGGAUGAAUGUAACAUUGAAGAUUAUGUAAUACCUCCGAAAACUCGAAUUUUCAUCAAUGCAUGGGCUAUUGGAAGAGAUUCUAAAUAUUGGAAAGAUGCUGAGAUGUUUAAACCUGAAAGAUUUGAAGGCUCUUCAAUUGAUUACAAAGGAACAUACUUUGAACUAAUUCCGUUUGGAGCAGGGAGGAGGAUAUGUCCUGGAAUGGGACUAGGUAUAAGCACAAUUGAGCUUGUGCUAGCCAUGUUACUCUACCACUUUGAUUGGAAGUUACCUUAUGGAAAUAAACAUGAAGAUGUCAACAUGGAUGAAAUCUUUGGCAUUGUAGGAAGGAAGAAAAUUGAGUUGCAAGUCAUCCCCUUACUCUAUUCUCAAGUUUCCAUUCAUGGCCUUGUGUCAUAGCUUGUUUAUUAUUGAAUACUACAUAGAAGGAUUAUUAUGCUGAUUUGCAUUAUUACUACUUUCUCAUUGUACACAUAAACACCUUAGCUUGUUGGACAUUGGUAGAUGGUAGACUCGUGUCUACCAUUCAAAAAACAUAGAAUGCGUGAAACUAAUGUACAUCACCUGCUCUUCAAUGAACAUGUGAAACUAAUGUACAUCAACUGUUCUCCAAUGAACAUCGAUCUCGACGAUUCUCCUCUGUUAA